UUUUUAUCUCUUGUCUUUUAUCUAGCCGUCCUUCAAGUGACAAUUUCUCUGGGCAAAGUGGAACUCAGUGUGGGCGAAUCCAAGUUCUUCACGUGCACAGCUAUCGGAGAAGCCAUCAGCAUCGAAUGGUACAGCCCUGAUGGGGAGAAGGUUGUCUCCAACGAGCGGGUGGUGGUGCAGACGGAGGGUGUGCGAUCACGGCUGACCAUCUACAAUGCCAACGAGGAGGAUGCCGGCAUCUACCAUUGCCAAGUGACUGACGUCAAUGGGAAUUCUCAGGAAGCCACCGUCCUGGUGGAAAUCUACAAAAAGCUGACCUUCCACGACAUCAGAUCCCCCCAGGAGUUCAGAGAGGGGGAGGAUGCCGACGUGAUCUGCCAGGUCAGCAGCUCGCCGGCACCGAUGAUAACCUGGCUGCACAACAACCACGAGAUCACGGCCGUGCUCAGGGACAACUUUAUGAUGGAUGACGACGGCAACUUGAAGAUUCGACGCAUUAGUAAGAAACACGAAGGCGUCUACAGAUGUGAGGGGCGAGUGGAGGCAAGGGGAGAGAUUGAUUUCAGAGACAUCACUGUCAUUGUCAACGUGCCCCCCAUCAUCCACGUGCCCGUGAGGUCCGGCAAUGCGACGGCAGAUCGGCACGAGUCCGUUACGCUGACGUGCACCGCGACUGGAUCGCCUCACCCCAACAUCAGCUGGUACAGGAGCGGGAGGCUGGUGGAGGAUGGCGACAAAUACUCGAUGAGGGAAAGCACCGAGUUGACAGUGAGGGACAUCGUUCGAGAAGAUACGGGGCCAUACAGCUGCAGAGCUAAGAACAAAGCAGGCAGCACAGAGGAAGAAUUAUUCCUGAAAGUCUUUGUGCGACCACGUAUAACUUUCCUGGAGAACAAGACCGCCACGGAGAACGGACAAGUGGAGAUUACCUGCGACGCAGACGGGGAACCGACUCCUGCAAUCUUCUGGAGGAGGUUGAGCAAUGGAAGCAAUUUUCUUGAAGGAGCGAAGAUCCGCAAUGAGAGAGUGGAGGUGAGGAGUCAGAAGGGAAAGUCUUCUCUGUACGUCAGGAACAUCCAGCCAAGUGACUCUGGGACUUAUCACUGCGAAGCAAUAAGUCCCAUCGGACAUGACCAGAAGAGCAUGCAUUUAGACAUUCAAUACGCUCCCAAGUUCCUCUCAACGCAGGUGACCUACUACUCAUGGGAGGGCAAUGCGGUCAACAUCAGCUGCGACGUGGCGGCCAACCCUCAACCGGCCAUCCACUGGAGGAAGGGAGGGCUGGUCCUCCCAGACCUGGGUACAGCCGCAGUCAGCGUCCAUGAGAAGACCACCACGUUCCUCCUGGAGAUCACUCCGGCUGUGGACGGUGAUUUUGGCAGCUACAACUGCACGGCAAGUAACCAUAUCGGCACCCGCUCUCAGGUGUUCACCCUCGUCCAAGCAGCUGUCCCGUCGAGUCCGUACGGGCUGAGAGUCCUCGCCGCAUCGCAGACGGUGGCGAGAAUCGCCUUCACCAAGCCCGACUCGCACGGCGGCGUGCCCAUCCACCAUUACCGAGUGGAGGUGAAGCCGGCAGACACCGAGGACUGGAGGGCCGUCAACUCCAAUGGGACCCAGACUCAAGUCAUCCUGACCAACUUGAAGCCCAAUUCGACCUACCAUUUCCGUGUGGCCGCUGUCAAUGGCAAAGGCCAAGGGAAACACAGUCAGAUGGAAGCCUUUCACACUCUCCCAGUCCAGGAGCCCGGACCACCCGCCGUCCAGGGCUACAAGGGCAACGGCAAGACCUUCAAGCUGGUGGUGACCAAGCAAGACGACGGAGGGUCCACCAUCCUGAAAUACACGCUGAAGUACCGGACCAAAGACAAGGACGAGGAGUGGGUGCAGAAGGUGACGGAGGGCGGCCAGGACUCCAUCACGCUGGAGCAGCUCCAGUGGAACAUGAGGUACCAGGUACAGAUCUCAGCCGUCAACAAGCUGGGCACCUCCGAGCCCACCCUCUACGAGUUCACCAUGCCACCAGAGCCCAACACCAUCGCCAACACGCUGUUCCGGAGCCUGGGGUUGGGGGCGGUGGUGGGCCUCGCCGUUGCCGCCCUGCUGCUGAUCCUGGUCAUCACGGACAUCAGCUGCUUCUUCAGCAAACAGUGCGGCGUGCUGAUGUGCAUCGCCACCAGGCUGUGCGGGAAGAAGAACGGCUCCAGCACCAAAGUCAAGGAGGCGGAAGAAGGGAAAGCGGCCUACUUGAAGGACGGAUCGAAGGAACCAAUAGUGGAGAUGAGGACAGAAGAUGAACCAAUCACAAACCACGAUGGGAGCUCAGCGAACGAACCAAACGAGACCACGCCUCUCACCGAGCCAGAGAAGUUACCAUUGAAGGAAGGCAAUGGCAAGGAAUGCUUGAGUCCAGAAGGCCUGGAGGAAGUUGUGCCGAACGAUGUCGUCCAACCUAAAGAAGAAGGCACCAAAGCAUAAUCAGAAGAACUCUUAGUCCAAGACGCUAGCAAAACACCGUAUACCUUGCCCAGCCAACGUUUCUGGGAAAGGAAAUCCAUAAUUUGUGAGGUCAAGGUAUCAGAAUGGCUUUGGAAACUUUCCUAAGUUGCAUUUUCAGUAAUACACAAAAAAAAAAAUCACGAAAUAUGUCCGAGUUUUUUCUGGAAGGAUUUUUGGAGAAAAAAAGAUAUUUGUCUUAAAUUUUUUUUCCCCCUUUUGCUGUUAAGAAAAUUUUAAAAAAGUGUGACAUGUAACUGAUAUUGUGGAGUUAAAGUUAAAAAAAAAAAAUCGAUCUUUAUAUUGCUCUCUUUAUCUAUGUAAAUAUAUAUACAUAUAUUAUAUAGCAGGCAGAACACAGUCUGUUGUUUCCCAGUCAGUGAAGUCUUAUCUAUUCUUGUAACAAAGGAGAAUGCGACUCUUGUUCCACCCUUAUUCCUUUCAGCAGCCUGAGGCGGAGAGAGGACAUUGUCGUCAGAUAGUCAGCAGGCUUUGCACAAUCCAAGGCAAACAGGGCUGGUGUUUCACAUCACCAGCAGCGUCACUCUCCCCCUUCCACCCUCCACCUGCACCUUGAUAGAAACAUCGAAAAUAGGUGCAGGAGUAGGCCAUUCGGCCCUUCGAGCCAGCACCGCCAUUCAAUGCGAUCACGGCUGAUCAUCCCCAAUCAGUACCCCGUUCCUGCCUUCUCCCCAUGCCCCCUGACUCCAGUA